AUGAUGUUGUCCACGUCUGGUCCAGAAGCCGCUACCAGGCUGCUCUCUUUUGUCAACGCAUCGCCUACUCCGUAUCAUGCUGUCCACAAUGCUGCUACAAAGCUUGAGAAGGCCGGCUUCACAAAGGUUAGAGAAAGGGACGAUUGGAAUGUGAAGCCUGGUGGAAAGUACUACUUCACAAGGAACCAGGCUUCUCUCCUUGCGUUCACCAUUCCCCAGAAAUGGCAGCCUGGUACAGGUGUAUCCAUCGUCGCCACUCACGUCGACAGUCCUAACCUCAGGAUCCGACCAGUCUCGAAGAAGACUGGCUCUGGUUACCUCCAAGUUGGUGUUGAGACCUAUGGCGGAGGUCUCUGGCACACUUGGUUCGACAGGGAUCUUUCGCUGGCGGGUCGUGUCGUCGUCGCGAACAAAGAGUCGGGCUUCACUUCGAAACUGAUCAAAAUCGACAGGCCUUUGCUUCGAGUACCCACACUAGCUAUACACCUGGACCGAAACUCUGCGGCUGACUUCAAGUUCAACCCCGAGUCUGAAUUUAUCCCCAUUCUCGGACUCGUCGCUUCAGAGCUCAACGCAGCUAAGGAUGGAACACAGGAUAAGUCUUCUUCAGAGCAGAAGGAAGAAAAGCACGAUGCUACCAGCAUCCAGAAAUAUCAUCACUCGUCCCUGCUCUCCGUCCUUGCCGAAGAGCUGUCAGUCCAACCAGAGGAGAUCCAUGAUUUCGAGCUGCAGUUAUAUGACACUCAGCUCAGUCAAUUUGGAGGGUUGAACAACGAGUUUAUCUUCAGUCCUAGGAUGGACAAUCAGUUCUCUUCUUUCUGCGCUGUCGACGCGUUGGCAAAUUUCGUCUCUGCAUCGUCCUUUCCCACCCUAGAAGGCAACGUCAACUGCAUCGCACUCUUUAACCAUGAAGAGAUUGGCUCGGUGUCCUCCACCGGCGCAGAAUCUACUCUUAUCCCCUCCCUUCUUGAACGAUUAUCCCCAACCCCGGCCCUCCUAUCCCAAUCUAUCGCGAAGUCCUUCCUCCUUUCUUGCGACGUCUCGCACGCCAUCCACCCGAACUACGCCUCCAAGCACGAGGAGAACCACAAGCCAGCUAUCAACGGUGGAAUUGUGAUCAAGACGAACGCGAAGCAGAGGUACGCCACUGAUGCGAUUACGAGCUUCGUGGUCAGGAGGCUGGUGGAGAAGAAAGGAGGAAAGGUGCAAGAAUUUGAGGUUCGGAACGAUAUGGCUUGCGGGUCGACAGUCGGUCCUGGACUCUCCAAACUCGGGUUGCGAACCGUCGACGUCGGUUGUGCCAUCCUUUCGAUGCACUCCAUCCGUGAAACCGCAGGGUCUUACGAUGUUCAAAACUGCAUCGACCUGUUCUCCUCCCUGUUCGAAGGAUUCGCAGAGAUUGAUGCGCAAUUGGUUGUGGACUGA